AUCCCUAGACCAAUUCCAGUCUAUAAUGUUGACGGCACUCUUAACCGAGACGGCAGUAUUAAAGAAUUCGUAGAACUAUUAGUGGAGAUUAAUAACCACGCCAAAAGACUCCAACUGGCGGUUACCAACCUUGGAACUGAUAGGAUGUUUUUAGGCCACGAAUGGUUAAAAAAGCACAAUCCCACAAUAGACUGGAACUCGUCAAAAUUAGACUUCAAC